UUAACUUUGGUUUCAGGAAACCAAGUUUAAAAAGGCGGGAACAUUCUCGUUUCCCUUAAGGAAAUAAACAUUUCUCCUGGGCUUGCUUUUGUUAAGCUGCAGACACCCGAACAGGUCAGGACUCAGGUGUUUUCUCUUCAGCACCCAGACCCUAAGGAAUCUUCUAAUUCCCAAGAAUGAACAUGGAGGAACAUAAUUCAUCUUUGGUGGUAGAAUCAUCUUACCCAGACUUGGUCAUCAAUGUAGGAAAAGUAACUCUUGGUGAAAGAAACAGAAAGGAGCUGCAGAAAAUUCAGAGAGAGCAAGAGAAGGCAAAAGUUAUAAAAGCUGCAUGUGCUUUAUUAAACUCAGGAGGAGGAGUGAUUCAGCUGGAAAUGGCAAACAACAAUGAGCAUCCUGUGGAGAUGGGACUGGAUUUAGAAGAGUCUUUGAGAACACUUAUUCUGUCUUCAAAUUUGCAAGCUUUCUUCAAGACUAAGCAACAAGGGAGGUGUUAUUACAUUUUUGUUAAGUCUUGGAGCAGUGACACUUUCCCUGAAGACAGUUCCUUUAAGCCCCGCAUUUGCAGCCUGAGUUCUUCGUUAUACUGUAGAUCUGGCACUUCUGUGCUUCCCAUGGAUUCAGGAAAGGCAUUCAGUUUCCUGAAAACCAAGAAAAUAAAUGCAAAAAUCUUGGGAAAAGAACCUUUUGGUGAAGUUGUCAAGGUUAUACAUCAAGAUCUCCAUAAUUCGGAUCCUACUUACCUAAUUUUCCAAAAAGACCAGCUUGAAUACGGUGAAAUCGUGCCUUUUCCCGAGUCUCAAUUCAUAGAAUUUAAGCAGUUCUCUACAAAACACAUUGAAGAAUAUGUGAAAAACAGAAUUCCAGGGUACAUGUCUGCAUUUGCAAACACUGAAGGAGGCUAUCUUUUUAUUGGAGUGGAUGAUAGGAGUAAGAAAGUUCUGGGAUGUGCUAAAGAAAAUGUUGACCGUGAUUCUUUGAAAAAGAAAAUAGAAAACACAAUACACAAAUUACCUUGUGUCCAUUUUUGCCAGUCUCAAUGCCAGAUAGAUUUCACAGUCAAAAUCUUGGAUGUGUUAGCUGGGGGAGAGCUAUACGGCUAUGCUUGUGUGAUCGGAGUGAAGCCAUUCUGUGGUGCACUUUUCUCAGAAGCUCCCUGUUCCUGGAUGGUGAAGGACAAGGAUAUUUGCAAACUGACAACUCAGGAAUGGGUAGGCAUGUUGAUGGACACAGAUCCAGAUUUUACAUGGUUGUGCAAAGACUUUGAAUCUCAGCUGAGUCUGUCUAGCGGGCCUCCUCUUAGCAGACCAGUGUACUCCAAGAAAGGCCUGGAACAUAAGAAGGAUCUCCAGCAACGCUUAUUUCCAGUGCUACCAGGAUGUCUGAAAUAUACUCCCAAAUCCCUCUGGGAGGAGCUGUCUUCACAGAAUGAAGGUUUGGAGGAAUUAAUAAAUACGCAAACAUAUCCAUUCUCCCCGGGAAUUUUAAUCCUUUCUAGAAGCUGGGCUGUGGACCUGAACUUGGAAGAGAAGCAAGCAGUCAUCUGUGAUGCUCUGCUGAUAGCAUGGAACAGUCCCCCCAUUCUCUACACCAUUCUCAGGGGGCAGGAUGCAGACGAGCAGUCCUAUUGCACCAGCACCGCCUUCACUCUGAAGCAGAAGCUGGUGAACAUGGGGGGCUACUCUGGAUAUCUGUGUGUCAGUACCAAGGUCCUCCACCUGAGUCCUGAGAGCAAUGCAGAGUCCUCAGAGGGUGCAGCAUCCCUGAUUGAGUACCCCAGGUCCUAUUACUUUGCAAACACUCAGCAAAUGGAAGCUUUGCUGCAGUCCCUCGUGAUUGUCUUGCUUGGCUUCAGAUCUUUCUUGAGUGACCAGCUUGGCUGUGAGGUUUUAAAUCUGCUCACAGCCAAGCAGUAUGAGAUCUUCUCAAAAAACCUCCACAAGACCAAAGAGUUGUUUAUCCAUGGCUUACCUGGCUCAGGGAAGACAAUCAUGGCCGUGAAGAUCAUGGAGAAGAUCAGGAAUAUGUUUCACUGUGAGGCAAAUGAAAUUCUCUACGUUUGUGAGAACCAGCCUCUGAGGAACUUUAUCAGUAACAAAAAUAUCUGCCUGGCAGUGACCCGGAAAAACUUCAUGAGAAAUGACUUUAAAAAGAUUCAACACAUCAUCAUCGAUGAAGCUCAGAAUUUCCGCUGUGAAGAUGGGGACUGGUAUGGCAAAGCGAAAACCAUCACUCAGAGAGACAAGGAUUGCCCAGGAAUUCUCUGGAUCUUUCUAGACUACUUUCAGACCAACCACACGGAGCACAGCGGCCUCCCUGCUCUCUCAGCCCAGUAUCCAAAGGAAGAGCUCACCAGAGUGGUCCGCAACGCAUAUCAAAUAGCCAAAUAUUUACAACGGGUAUUGCAGGAGGUCAGAAAAAAUCCUCCACCUAACAUCCCCCUUGGGUCCCUGCAGAUGCGUCUUGAAGCUGAAGGGGCUCAGGGUGUUCAGGGAACCUUAACUAUGAAGCGAAACUUGACUCUGAAUGAAAUAGCAACACAUGUGGCAGACACUUGCAAGGUUCUCUUUGAAAGGGGCUAUUCUCCCAAGGACGUCGCUGUGCUUUUUAGCACCACAAGAGAUGUGGAGCAUUACAAGCAGGAGCUCUGGAGAGCAAUGAGGAAGAAAAGGGUAGUGCACUUCACCGAUGCGAGUAACAUGUCAGGUGAUGCCAUUGUGUUGGACAGUGUCCGAAGAUUCUCUGGCCUGGAAAGGAACAUCGUGUUUGGGAUCCAUCCAGAGACAGUUGAGCCAGCUAUCUCAUACAACAUUCUUGUCUGUCUGGCAUCCAGAGCAAAUCAACAGCUACAUAUUCUGUGGCAUCAUGAUGUUUAGGAAGAAUUCCAAACCAAAACAAGAUGAAGUGAUUACUAUGUAAAUGUCCAUAGGUGACAAUCUGCUUGGUAUUGGGAGAAACUUCUCUUUUCUGUUCAUAGGUCAGCUAGAGAUUUGGGCAGAGCUGACACACAGAAUUUGGAACUUUCCCUCUCUGGCUCUCUCCUUUCAGGGAUUCCUCCCCUACCUCCUUUCAGCAGCUAUUGUCCCAAACUCUGUCCCCGAUUCUUCCAGCCAGAAUGAUAGUGGUUUUCUGAAGGAGCUUUAACCACCCUGCACAGCACAGACUAUGACCCACCCUGCGGUUAAAAACCAUAAAAACAAUACACUCGUCCUGUGGCCAUUCUUUCUUCUAAGUCUGGACCUCCACAGUGCAAUAUUUUGUUUUUUAAAAUUUGUCCAGGGUUUAUAUUUAUCUGCAGAAGGGUGGCCUGGUAGAAACUACCUUGGCCAUACCAGAAGCAGAAUUUUUGGUUUCUGAAUUCUUGACAUUUCUCUUUGCUAUAUUGAUCCAGGACUUGGGAGAUUCCCAAGAUAAUUCAAACUGUGACCAAGUGGGCCUUAAUAAUUUGUGACAGAACAGAGAGCACUGAUACAAUUAUUUAAUCCUUUAAAACUGUAAUCUCCGGGCUUCCCUGGUGGCACAGUGGUUGGGAGUCUGCCUGCCGCUGCAGGGGACGCGGGUUCAUGCCCCGGUCCGGGAGGAUCCCGCAUGCCGCGGAGCGGCUGGGCCCGUGGGCCAUGGCAGCUGAGCCUGUGCGUCCGGAGCCUGUGCUCCACAGCGGGAGAGGCCACAACGGUGAGAGGCCCGUGUACCGCAAAAAACACAAACAAACAAAAAAACCCCUCUAAUCUCCAAUUUUUUUUUUUUUGCCCUCAGAAUAAUCCAGAUCAAGCUUUAAUUGUGAUAGUAAGCAUUAAUUGUCAUUUUACUGAGAAAUUAUAGGUCAUUAGAAAACAAAAAUAAACCCGUUUUCUCUGGCUUUCAGUGAGAGAUAGCAUUAGAAACCAAAAUCUGGUUCUAAAGAUACACAUAGGCCAUUAAGUAAACGGAGCUAGGAAAGAUGCAGUCUUUACAGAUCAACUUCUCAACUCAGCUCUACGUAUUGUUCUAUAACAUAUCAACUUAAAUUUUAAGUCAAGUACAUUCUUGAACUCUAUUUUUCCCCUUUUAUAUUUUGGUGGGCUACUGUUAUGGACUGAAUGUUUGUGUCCCUCCGGAAUUCAUAGGUUGAAGCCCUAACGUUUAGUGUGGCUGUUUUUGUAGAUUUGUGAGGAAGUAGUUACAGCUAAAUUAAGUCAUAGGAUGGAGCCUUGAUCUCAUAGGAUUAGAGUCCUUAUGAGAAGAGACACCCAAGAGCUCUCUCUGUCCCUCUCUCUGUGCACACAUAAACAAAAGGUCAUGUGAGCACAGAGAGAGAUGGUGGCCACCUCCAAGCCAAGAGAAGAAGCCUCAGAAUAAAACUAAUCCUACUGACACCAUGAUUUUGGACUUCCCAGCAUCUAGAACUAUGUGAAAUAAAUUUCUGUGUUUAAGCCACCCAGUCUGUGGUAUUUUGUUAUUGCAACCUGAGCAGACUAAUAUAGUCACAGAAUUAUUCUUUGAACUAAAACAGAUCAGUGUUAUCACUUAAUACUAAUACAAUGACUUAUUUUUCUGUUUAUACAAAACAUUUAAAAAAUGUUUCUAAUCUAAAAAAUAACAAUAAAAUAUUUGUAUAACAAAUGGAAAUUUAAACAUUACAUGACUAAUAUUCCACAUAUUAGUAAUCCUAGUCUACUGAUUUCCUCCAUAUUACAAGUUGUGAAUUUCUCUGCCUGUCUUUUUCCUAUCUGUGUUUACUCAUGGAAUUCCAGCAUCUUGCCUUGAAACCGUAGGCUCUUCUAACUUCAGCAAAAUAAAAUAUAUCAGCAAAAUAAGGAAAAAAAUGUUCUUUCUUCCUGACUACAUUAAAUCAGAUACAACUCUGCUCCAAACAGUUAUCCUUGUAAAUGUUGUUUCUAAUAAGUUGGUUCUGUAAGAUCCCUGGACUUGAGUUGCAAUGUCUGUGAAAGUAAUUCUUUAGAAGUCUAAUUCUGGAGCGAAGACUGCCACCACGUCCUGCCGCCGUCCACUGCACAGGGGUGGGGUGUUGCUCCAGACCUUGCUUCAGACGUGUAAGCUCCCACACCCAUUAAACCAUUGAUGUGUCUGUUGCUGACCCUGGGCUCUUUCUUCAGUCUUGAAGCUGGACAAGCACAGCCAUUGUAGGCCUGCGGGGUGCAGCCCAAUAAUUGGUGGAGCCAGCCAGGAGACCAAGGAAACUCCCAUGAGCGCCAAGAUGUCAGAAAAUACAGGAUGGGGAAUGGAAAGUUGCAGGGGCCGUCCACCAGCGUGUGGGGCCCGAAAGUUGCAGGGGUGAUCCUGAGGUGGCUGUCCUUGCUGAAUGGGGUCUCCCAAGAGAUCUGGAGAAUAAUGGCCUCCAACGGCUCUGCUAUUGUAUCAAAUGAGCUAAGCUAUCUUUCUAGAAGGAGCUGGUAUUUCUCUUGUGCCUUUGAGAUAUAAAUGAUCUACCUGGGCUCUCUGGAACUUUAAUCUUAUGUGAUCUCUAAGAGUAAAGGAGAAAAAAUAGCUUUUAGGUAAACUCUAUAGAAAUAAUUAUGUUUUGGGAAUGUCUAUUUAAAGUAGUCUCUCUAGAUUUUGGUAACUUGAAAAUAAAGUUGAAAGAAGAGAAUUCAUGGGUCAUUUCAAAUAGGAUAAAAUAUUAAUUGCUGGACGAGUCUAAGUUAAUCUACCUUUGCCUGCUUAGGAGAGGAAGACUCAAGCAUUAAGUUUUCCAAUCAGGAAGUGCACAAAUACUUGCUUCUUGGUUUUUGCCAGAGAUUAAGAUUUUCAAGGGUUAAGGUUAUAAUCAGUCAAAAUUCCUGUAACCAAGUUUCUUUAUUGAUUACAUUGUGAUUAGGUGUUUAAUUGUGCCUUUUAAGUCUUUUGUCAUUUGUAGACAGUUAUUGUUGUACUCUAAUGUUUUGGCAAAAAUGCUUCAUCUUCAAGAAGAU